AUGAGCAGGAGUGAGAGUGAGACACACAUCACACACACUACACCGGCCGGGAUCAUCGAAAUGGCGACCGGCAUCAGCAACGGCACAGGCCCAUCGACGAACGACGCGCUCCAGUCGAUCCUCGCCGCCGCGCGCCCGUUCCUCCGGGGCGACCUCGCGGCCGUCGACCCCGAGCUCCCCUCGCUCGUCUCCGUCCUCGUGUCCGCCGGCGCCGGCGAGUGCUACCACAAGCACGGCACCUUCCUCGCCCACCUGCUCGACGUCUACCGGAUCCUCCGCCUCUGGGGCGCGCCCGACGCCGUGGCCCGCUGCGGCCUCUUCCACUCCUCCUACUCCAACUCCUACGUCAACCUCGCCAUCUUCGAGCCCGACGUCAGCCGCGCCCGCGUCCGCGGCAUCGUCGGCGCCGCCGCCGAGCGGCUCGUGCACCUCUUCUGCGUCGUCCCGCGCCACGCGCUCAUGCACGACGACCUCCACCUCCGCUACACCGACGCCGAGCUCCGGGACCACCUCGCCGCCGCCGAGGCGUCCCUCCAGGCCGCGCGCUCCGGCGGGGGCAGGCCGGAGGACAAGGCGGAGCCGUGGCGCGCGAAGCUGCGGUCCGUGGUGCCGGAGGAGGGCGUGGUGGUGCCGCACAUCCGGACGGGGGAGCCGGUGGCGCUGUCGCGGCGCGUGCUGGCGGUGUUCGUGCUGAUGACCGUCGCCGACUUCAGCGACCAGUACACGGACUACCAGGACAAGCUGUUCCGCAACGACGACGGCCGCCUCGAGUUCGCCGGCGACAACUGGGCCGCGCUCUGGCCGGGGACCGGAAAGCCGGGGCUGUGGAUGAGCGCCAUGUCCAGGCUCGCCGCGCUGUACCGCCUCAUCGCCACCGACGAGCAGCUCCGCCACAUGGAGGAUGGGUCCACGAAGACGACGGCGGACGAACAGGACGCGGGCCUGGAGCUUCGCCUCCCGCCCGUGUUCGACCGGUGCAGCAAGGUGCUGGACCCCAGCGAGCAGAUCGCGGCGAGGGACCUGUACUGGGAGGCGAUCUGCAGCGACGGCAAGGAGGGCGUGGAGUCGCUGCUGCGGCGGUGCAUCGCGAAGAACCCGUACGUGGGGGAGCCGUGGCUGGUGCUGGCUCAGGUGCUGCUAAACGGCGGAGGGAGGUGGGAGGAGGCGGAGGCCGCGGCGGAGGAGGGGCUUAGGCUGGUGGUGGAGUGGGGCAGCAGCUGGGACAAGAGGAUGUCAUGGGAGGGGUGGGUGUCAUGGGGGAGGGUGAUGAGGGAUAAAGCCAAGGAGAAACAAUGGCCGCGCUCCGCCUGGGGCAUCAUCAACCUCGGACUCGUCAAGCAGAUCCACGACCACAACUAG